GAGCCAUCUUAUUUAUUUGAUAUGAUAUAUACACAUAAAAAUGUUCCCACCCAGAUCUCCCUCCCAAAAUCUCCCAAAAAGAUAACACUAUUUCCUAUAUCCCCUCUUACAAAAUCAGAACAUUUUCUCCCUCUCGCCCAAACCCCUCCACUUCAAUUGAAUCUAAGCCGUUUCUCUUCUUGCGUAACUCUCUUAUUCCUUUCUUCAUCUACUACACAUUGAAACAAUCUCAGAUUUGAAUGAACGAAGGUGAGGUUCCAGUAUCCAUCUUUCCCCCGCACGCAAUCUCCUUUGGUGGAGCUGCUUCACUACUGGACGUAUUACUCAUGCUUGUGACAUCCGCAGCAAACUCAAUUUUUCAGGCUUAGAAAAAUGCUCAUCCUAUGCUGAAAUUUUAAUUUUGGACACGGGUUCCAAACCGAGAGCUCUUGCAACAGAAGUUUCUUCUUCCAUUUCUCGACAAGGGUACUUCAGGACUCAAAAUGAAACUGAAGAUAGUUUGGAGGAAAGUAUCUGAUUAUGUUCGAUAUGAUCUGAAGGAGAUUGCUUUUCCUUCAUCUUUACCGGACCCUCCUCACUUCAAAAAACGUAGGAAACUAACUUUGAAGGAGCGCUAUCUUGUGCUUAAGGAAGCAUCUAGGCUUUAUGCUGCAAGCUGGGUGAGGGACAUUGGUCCUGAACUUCGUCCCAAUGAUUACAAAAAGAAGCGUGAGAUUGAAGGCGAGUUGGGUGAAGAUAAUGGUAACGGAAAGGAGAAGGAACCCUCAACAUUAGAGGAUCUAGCUGUGGCUGCAAGAGGCGGAAUGGAGACACUACGACCUGCACUGCAACGAGUUUACAUGACGAGAGCCUCUGCAUACAAAGAUGCACUUAAAAGUUUCAUACAAGGAUAUCAAGAAGGUAUCCAACAAACCAUGGAGAAAGCUAAAGACUCAAAAUCUUCCGAAGACAUUGAUCCAUCCAAUUCCAAAGGACCAACUUGAGUUCUAGUGGACAAUUUGUGAGUUAUCUUUUGCAAUACCAACUGCAACAACUUGUUCGAUGUCCUCCCUUGUUUCUGUCGAGAGAAUCACAUUAGUGAGUAUCUCCAUUUCUAAUUCUUGUACAUAACUAGAAUGGCGGUCAUACAAGGAAUGAUAUUUACAUGAAAAAUACUCGGGUAUGCUACCAUUUUCUGGGCACUGCUUUAUUUUUCUGUAUUUCAUUGUACUGUUGUUUAAAGUUAGUUUGUCAA